CCUUCAUUCGCAUCAAUUGGCGCAUACUGGAACAGGGCGACGCCCGUUCAAGCAGUUGGCGCCAUGGGCCGCAUUCACAAAAUUCUGACUCACUUAGGGGAUGCAAGCAGCGAGGCUGAAAAACCAGCAUCAAUACGGGGAAGGAUUGCGAACAAAAGCUGAUUGCAGCACAUUCGGCCAGACAGGCCACCUGAACUUGAUUGCAGGCUUGAUAAAAGUGGUGGUAUAAAAAAUGGGCACCGGUAGAAGUAACUUUUACGUCACGACACGGGAGUGGAAGGCGAAUGAGUAUGUAAAAGCAUGAUCAGGUAUUGUGAGCAAAACCGCAUGAUGGAACAGUGGUGUGGAGCACUCUCAGGCUUGAGCUACAAAAUGCUGCCGGUCAUGAAAUCAGAGGAGAAAUGGUGGGCUCCUGAGGCACAAUCCACCAUUCUAUUGAACCCAAAAAGGACAGAGAUUGCCGAAUGACUUUACAAGGAUUCUUGGAAGUAGUGGCAAAACAAUGCACCUUUGAAAAUGAAGUCACAAUCAAGGCGCCGUAGUCUGGAUGCGCACACAUUCAGCUCCUACCCACAUGCAUUUAUCUAGUACUAGUGCCCCAGUUCUGCAAACCUAGAACCACUUUUGGAUCAAGAGGCUUCAAAAACUGAGCACUUUUCGACCCGUCAUGAGAGCCCUCAACCGUCAAUCAGCUCUCCUCCAAGCACAUUCCCUUGAGCACAUUCCGGUCAGAGCUUCACCAUAUAUUCUACCAUAGAAGGAUCCAGAAAUCUUAACCGAUCUUAAGCCCACCUCACCCCCUGAAAAAGUGAUGCCCGGCCCGGGCGCCCAUUUAGGCUACUGCCUCGGCACAUCCCUCGGCCUUAUGCACCUGUCCGACCAUAGGUUCUCCCCCGCCCAUGCCCUUAUAUACGCCCUGAAUGGCUUCUUUGGGCCCGACAUUGGGUCCUUUUGCGAGUGGCUCGCAAUGACAUCUGGGGCAGGAGAAAAGGCCGCAGCUGUUGUGAUGCGUUUGGUGCACGAUCCGCUGGGGUAUGCGAUCCUUAUGGGGGCUCCGCUGGGGUUUGCGUACAGUCGGGUUACGUGGAGGCUUGUAAGAGAGGCUCCUCUCAAUUUUCGACAGUGCUCCCUUCUGGUCGUGGCGGGGGGCAUCUCCCACUUUUUCUUAGACAACCUAUUUGAGGAGGAGGGCCGCACCCCCAUGAUGCGGUGGGUGAUAAGCACCGGGUGGUGGGAGACAGACGCCCCGGUCGAUGUCGCGGCUGUGCUUGUAGUCGGGGCUCUCUCCUGUGCACUGCUCGGGGGAUUCGCGUGGAUGUACCGGUCAAGCUUCACCGGGACCUUACUUCCCCCACAUUUUAACACGAACCCUACCCCCCCGACUCGACACGCCGCCCUUUUUCUCUUAGCCGUCCUUAGUCUAUAUUGCCUCUGGUGCAUACAGCGGACCUACUGGUCCGUACCGCGAAUACCCGCGGUCGGAGAAGAGGCCGAUCUGGGCGUUCUUGUCUUCUUAGGACUCUUUUUCUUUCUGCCUCACUCCCUGUGUAUAGCCGCGAUGCACCCACGAACCAAGCCGCUCCCUAGCGGAACAGUGUUCCCGGAUGACGUUUUGUAGAGUAGAGCGGACGAAGCUUUGGGAUUUCACGACUUUGUAUUCUCAUAUCAAUCUCUUUGUAAACCUUCAAAUUCGACCAGGCCGAUCGGAAAGCUAGCUGUUCUACACUUGAAGCGCUUCACA